GUAGAUUGGACCAAGAAGCAAUCGACUCGAUCGCUGGAAUGGCUGUUCUUUGCUACAGGUAUAUGAGGAGCCACGGGACACAUACAGUAAAAGCGAAGACAGCACUCAUCUUUACGAGUAGGUCGUCGUGGGGCGUCACCACAAACUGCUGAAGCCUCGAGACUCAAGAUUACUAAUGCUAGCUAGCUAGCUAGCUAGAUUCGUUUACCAAUUUUCUCCAAACCACUCUGGCAGUUGAAUUGGAUGGCAAACACCUGAACAACACAGACCUCGGCUAAAUUGCUAACAACCUGAUACAACUGCCUGGUUUGGGGAUCCCACGAAUCUUUCAGUUGUUCUGCUUCAAAGAAUCUUUGGGUCUCUGCAGUUGUGAUGACACCAAUUCUUGCCUUCGUAGGAAUCCGUACCAUUUCUACGCAGAAUUUCGGGUUCCAUUCCGGAAUGUGACGUUGGCAAUCCUGAGCGAGUUUGUUCUGAAGUCGAAAUGCUCGCUCACUUUUUCCAUAGAGGAAAGAUAUCAGUCAGUGUUGUUGUUGUUGGCAGGUCACAUCCUUGCCAAUACGUUCGGAGCAAAUAGACUACUACGCACCGAUAGCAAGACCUUCUUGUGCUGCUAUCAUAACAUCUUUUGUCGUUGUCGUUGUUGCAUUGAUCAAGUCUCCACAUUCGGCCCUGACAGUUCCGUCUUCACCCUGACGCACCUUUAACCGGCAAUCUUUGAUAGAAUAGAACAAUAGAGUCAACCUCCCAUUGCACACGUCUCGAGUACACUAAUCUGUGCCGUACCUGAUACCCCUCUACUAUACAACACCACUACAUCAACCAAUCAAGAUACCCAAACCAAGCUAUACAACAAUCACGACGAUUGUUAUUAUCUUGGCCACCUCUGCACAUACAUACAUUUGCUACCCUACAACCUACAACAAGCUACCUACCGUAUACUCCGACUUUGGCUACUCUAGACUCUUCCAUAAAAAACAUACACCUCAUAAACAAAAACAACCAUGAACGAUAAUAAUCUACCCAAACUCCUGGAAGAAACAACGCUGGAAGAUGACACGUUGCCAUCAUUCCUGACGAAUCUCAAGCCAACAUGUACGGCUGUGGAAGUCACUCUGGGCGGCACUGUCCGACCCAUAUCGCACAUUACCGAGUUUCCCAUGGAGCUUCAGGUCAAUAUCUUGACGUAUCUGAGGGCCUAUGAGUUGACGGCCAUUCCGCAGACCUGUCGAUUCUACCAUAAUCCCUCCUUGAUCCAUGCCAUUGUCACGCAUGCCGCCGAAGGAGGUGUCUACCCACCCGAACUCUCCAAGGGAUUCGAAGAUCAACCCGUCAUGUCGGAUGCUGCUACUGCCAGUAGCAACAACAACAGCAAUGGCAAGAACAAGAAAGCUGCCAAGAAAAAGGCUGUCCCAGUAUCCCCCACCGCCACUACCAUGAAGCAGUUUACGUUGGAACAUUUGCGCAACAUGGAAUUGCUAGUGGUCGUCCGUGUCUUGUCUCGUCCCGAACCAUUCUCGGAAGACGACAGUGCCGUGGGUGGCUACUUUGUCAGCAAGUCCUGGUGCAAAACGGCCUUGAAGUGGCUCGAAUGGCAGCAAGAACGGCAACAACAACAACAACAACAAGAACAGCAGCAGCAACUCAUCGCAGUCGGCAAUACCAAAAAGAGUAAAAAGUUGUCCAAAAAACAGCAACGUUUGCGUUCCCGCAAAUAUUCCGAUGCCAGUCCCCCAUGGCCCAAUGUCAAUAGUGACAUUGUCUGCUGCCAUCAACAACUGCAACGAUGUUCCAAUCGCAAAUCGGCACGGGCGCGACGCAAGAUUCUCGACAAGCAGGCAUGGAAAUGCCUGAAGAAACUCUAUCCCGAAAGCAUCCCGUUGGAAGCCAAAGAGGGAGAAUGUUUGCAGUGCAUCCUCGAAGCCGAAACGGAGAAAAAGACGCAUGCCCAAGAAGAAGAAAAGCGCAAGGAAGAACGCAAGGCGCCGUUGAGUCAGCCUGUAUUGCGACGAUUCUACACGCGGACGCGAGGGCUUCCCGUGCAUUGUUUGAGAAAACCAGAAGAAGAAGGAGGACGAAAAGAACGAAAAGUUGUGGUCGAAGAGGAAGACCGCAAAAUGCCGGCGACUCCGACAAAGUCCAUGUUGGAUAGCAGCAGCAGCGACAACAACAAAAAGCCAUCGGCUGUGGGUGGUUGUCCCUUGGUCCCGGGAUUGUACUAUGCCGUCCCUCGGGCGUGGUGUCAUGCAUGGCGCAAGUACAUGAAAACCGGGGAAGGAGGUCCCCUGUUGCCACCCGAUGGUUCGGCCCUCUUGUGCGAUGCCCAUCGUCUCGCCUUGUUGCCUCCUCAUCUCGAUGCCUACCUGUACGGCGAGUCUCCACAGCUUUGGGUCAGCAAGAAGCAGCAGCUCGAAGACGAGCAGCAGCAGCAGCAACUACUGAUGGACGAAUCAUCGUCGCCCCGUCGAUCGUUGGUGGUUGGCAUGAGUCCUCUGGUUGCGACAGCAGACGAUUUGCCCGCGGCGGAAUUGGGUUUGUCACCGGCUGAACUGGCCCUACAGCAACGAGCCAUGAUGACGUUGGAACGACAGCGCGACCAGCAACGAGAAGCAGCCGCCAUGAUGGAACAAGAGCAUGGUCGUCGGGCAUCGCUGGGAGAACAGUUGGAUCGCGAGAAUUACUGCUGUGUCGAAAUCUUGGCACACGACGAAUUGGAAGCGCUCGAGAAAUUGUGGCCUCGUCAGUCGGUGUUUCGCAUGAGCUUUGAGGUGCUCCGCAACGGUGAUGUUUCGUUCAGCACCCAGCCUUGUCGGGAAUGCGAUGCCUCGGGCCAUGCCAACUUUUGCAAGAUUGCCAAGACGAGCAAGGCUCAGCUUCGGGCGGCGCAUCAGGUCAAGGUUCGUGGGUACAACAACAAGACGUGCAACAACAGCGUCAACGGUGGAGCCAAGCCUGGAGUCCAGUUGGAGUACUAAGGCAGCACUGGUCGGCCCGUUGUGUCCGUGAGCAGCUGUCCUGGCCGAAAUGAUUCAAUCCAGGAAUCGACUCGGAACCCGUCUGGUCUCCUGGGAACGCCAUCAGCAACGCUUCAGUCACCCCGUGGUCAACAGUUGAUGUCCGAAGGUUUCGUAAUGAAAACUAAUCGUUAAUUUUCCUUCGUACUUCUCCUGCCAGUGCAGCUAGAUUGGGUCUCAUGAAGACAGUAAGGAAUGUCUCCGAGGCGUUAGCCGCGCUUGGAAACAAACGCUGUCUGAAGUCUGUGGAUUCUUGCAGAGGACGAUUACGAGAUCGCUUUUCAAGCUCGCAUCCAAGGACGGCCAUCAUCUAGCUAGGCGGGGGAAACAGGGGAUUCUCCUGGGGCAUAGCUAUGAAUCCUUUGCCA